CUUGGCCCUAUUAUAGUAAACCACACUGCCAGACUCUGCUUAAUAUCCAUGAAAUAUGACCUAGUAUACAAUAUAACAAAAGUGGAUCAGGGAUCCACGAAAAUGGCUUUGCCAACCUUACGUGUCAAGUCAUGCAUAGGCUGCAUUCCUCUGCAAAGGGGAACAGUCAUCAUUGGCUUCUUAGCUCUGUUCGGGUCAUUACUUGAAAUAUUCAAGUGUGUUCUAAGACUGGUGGACUUCGAGUUGUCUCUCAAGCAGUGUCAGCAAGCAGAGAAGACAUUACUUGUCAGACCCACUAUUCUUGUUUAUUUGGACAAUUCAACUGAAGAUGAUGAUGAUGAUGAUGACGAUCAUCAUGACCUUGCAUCUGAAAAGUGCCCUACUGGAGCUGUAAUUAACAUAAUACGCAUUGCCACAGUGCUGAGGGCAUUUACAUACUUUAUCUACUUUAUUCUGACUGAUAAACCGAGUCUGAUGACUCCGUGGUUAGGGUGGCAGCUGGUGCAGAUUACGUUCAUCAUCCUGGCUCUGUUUGGCUUGGUGGGAAAUAUUAAUGAUAUCAUUUCAAGCAUCUUCCUUGUCAUUGUAGUUAUAUACUUCUUCCUCGUUGUCAAUUCAUACUACUUACAGCUCCGAGAGUCGGCAAGUCAGUCUGCAGAUCUGACAGUAGUAGCCGUUGCCCACCCCAAUAUGGAUAUGACGGUGACGAUUCCUUCACCAAGGAAGGAUGAUCCACCGCCACCUUACCCAGGUCUCACUUCAGGGUAUAAUCCAGUCUAUAACCCAAUUGAUAUCACAGGUUAUCCACCUGCACCUCCAUACACACCAAGACAAAAUAAUGAUCCAGUUUACCCACCUCCUUAUGAAAAUAACAUUGCCAAUCCAUCAGUGGAAGGUAGUCAUGUUGGCCUACAGAGUCAAGAACUUCAUGCUGGUGCUGCGUCACGAGACCCUUCACCUCAGGCUGCUGAAGAGGUUGCACCUCUUGUGGAGAAACAGCCUAUACCAAAAACCUAAACAAAUGUAACGUGAAAGAGAAAUGUACAAGGUAUAAAAUACAUUCCAGAUUUAUGCUGCUGAGUUGCAUGCCAUCUGACUGAAAUAAGCUUUUGCCUGUUGACAAAUUAAUAUCAGGUUGACUGCUUGAAUUUACUUCAGUAAUUUAGGAAACGCUUGGUUUUAUCUGGUGUACAUUCCAAAUAAUUUGGCAGAUUAACAGUCAAGGUUAUUGUCAUUAUAAAAGUUUUUAUAUCUUGGUAUCAUUGAACAAUUCUAUAAUAUUUCAAUUAAAUUUAAUAUAUUUACAGUAUAUCUAUAAACAAAUAUAAUAAUGUUUUCAGAAAUAUAUAGUUGCCAGAUUUAUAGUACUAUUGUCCUGCUAGAUUUUUAAUUAAAAAAAUAAUUGAACUACAUGUUUGAAAUUAUUAUAAUGAGACUAUUAGAAUGAAGUGUGAGUGGAUGUGUGUAGGGUACAAUGUGACUAUAGGGCUAUGAGGUAGUGAUGAAGGGGAGGGGGUGGGGAGGCUGCUUUUGUAUGCUUCCAAAAACAAACAAGUAUACACACACACACACACACACACUUAGGCAAUUACA